AUGGAGUUGUUUUCUGUCGAAGGCUUACCAGACGGCUUAUCGCUGCCGGUAACAGCUCGUGAUAAUGAAAAUUUGUUACGAGACGGUUAUUUGGAAGAAGUAGAAGAUGUUUCAAACUAUUUACAGUUUAAUUUAACAGUGCCGUGUAAUAUAACAGCUUCUGGAAACUGUUCAUUUCGUGAUGUCUGUCACGGUGCCUGCAAUGACAAUCAGGUGAUACCAAUAUUUCGAUUCAUUUACCGCAAUGUUUCCCAGCGACUUCACCCAAAUUUUCGUUUGACAUAUCCAACGAUGCACAUUUACAACGACGAUUAUUACACCGGGGAAAAUUUUGCGGGAGUAUCUGUUAAUAAGAAAACUAACAGGAUUAGUGAUAUCCGGGUUAUUGUUUUGUAUUUUCGUACCGACCGGCAAAAUCCAGUGGUUAGCGAGGUUAUUGAUAGAUGGGAAAACAAACUGUUACACUAUGUUACGGCAUUCAGAAGUCCACUUAUAAACAUCAGCUGCAGCAGCGAUGGAAUGUUCUCCUACGAGGUACGAAGAAACGGAUUGACCUGUAUACCAUAUUUUUCACUUUCGGUAUUAACUGUAUUCUUUUUCGUCUACGUAACAACUCAACAACGAAAUGAUGACACACUAAAAACUAAAGAUUACGUGUACAUCUCAUUGUUUGCAACAUUAAGUCCGCUAUUAGCAAUUGCAACAACAUUUAACUUAUUGAUAGCUCUCGACGUACCGUUUAAUUCCAUAACUUUGGUGGUACCAUUUCUGAUUAUUGGUGUUGGAUGUGAUGAUUCAUUUAUUGUUGUUCAUGCCUGGAGACGAUCAAAAGAUUGUAGUACGUUGCAGACACGAAUAGCAAAGACUAUGGAAGAAGCAGGACCGUCAAUAACUGUUACCUCAUUAACAAAUGUGCUUAGUUUUACAAUUGGAGCAUUGACCGGAACUAUGGCAAUUCAAAUCUUUUGUUUGUAUGCUGCAGUUGGAGUACUUUUUGACUUUUUUUACCAGCUAACAUUUUUUGCUGCUGCUACAGUAUUUGAAGGAAAACGUUUAUUAUCAGUAGCUCCGGCAGAUUUACCAGUUCCAGACAAAAAAAUUCCGAUUAAUGAAGAUAAUCGGUUGGCUUUACUGGGAAUCAUGAUUUUGUACUGGAGCGCAUCUAUUUAUGGUUGCCUUAAAAUGGAGAUCAAAAUGGAUAGCACUAACCUAAUCCUGAAAGACUCACCGUUAAACAAUGUUGCUUGGAUCUACGAAAGAUAUCUAUGGAGGCAAGGGUCCUUGGUAAUUGUCUUUGUCAACAGUCCUCCAGACCUAUCUGUUGUCGAUAAUCAGCUGAGUAUGUUGAAUAUGGUAGAUCGUUUCGAAACAUUAGAACAUUCAAUGGGAAAAAAUUCGACGUCGCUUUGGCUGCGAUCAUUUUUAAAUCAAGCACAGCUACAAAAUACUGGAAAAGAUCAUGGUUUUUAUCAGUUGCUAGGAAAUUGGCUUAAGGACGAAGAAAACGGAGGUAAUCGGUGGAACGAAAUGGUUCGCUUGAAGUACGAGAAUGGUUCUGUUACCGGAGUGGAAAAGUUCAUGUUCGCAACUGCAUCACUGAUGGGAGAACGUGCUUCUUGGACACUGCGUAGUCAGCUACAACGAAACUGGCGAACCUUAGCCAAAGAAUUUAGCAUUUUCAAUGUUACAGUCUUCCAACCGUAUAGUUUUUAUGUGGAUCAACUUGACUCAAUAAAAUCAACAACAAUAGGAACAGUUGUCGUUGCAAUGCUUACUAUGGCAAUUGCAUGUCUAAUGUUGAUUCCAUCUGCAACGUCUAUUUUUUCAAGUACUCUGGCAAUGAUUUCUAUAAAUGUUGGAGUGUUUGGUGGGCUAUCCUUAUGGAGCGUCAAUUUGGAUCCAUUAACUAUGUGUACUACUUUAAUGGCUAUUGGUUUUUCCGUUGAUUUUACGGCACAUAUCAGUUAUCAUUACUAUCGUGCAUCAUCUUCUUGGAAACCUUCAGUACGUCUUGCAGAUGCGCUACGUUCCAUAGGAUGGCCAAUGAUACAAGCAGGCUCGUCGACUAUCCUUUGCAUAUCGCCACUUCUUAUAGUAAACUCAUAUUUAGUUCAAGUUUUUGUUAAAACGAUAGUUUUAGUUAUCAGUUUAGGUUUAGUGCAUGGAAUAGUAUUUUUACCAGCAUUUUUGCUAACUGUAGGAAAUCUGACGUUGAACAAAAAGAAGGUACAACUUUGAUA